GGGAAACAGGUUUUAACUGUACGGUUACUCGAACGCUGACAUGUUGGCGCUCAUUGCAUUUCUCACGUAUAUUUCUUCGGUGAUCGCGUAUAACGCUGGUGCGAACUGUGCGAUCUCUACAAAAUAUAAAAUUGGUGAUCUUAAGGAGCCUCAACCGUUGCUCUUGAAGCGGAUCGCCAAAAAUGCGACCUUUUGGUAUCCGGAUGACGAUAAUGGAACGCUAAGUAUAUUAGUAGACGACUCCAUUUACUUGGCAUGUCCAGGCAAACAAAAUUACCUCAAAAACAGAAAAUGGGGUAAUGAGGCCAAAGCAAUUUGCGUAGAGGAUAAGGUGUUUGACGUGAAUGAAGCUCGCCACAAUUUCUCAUCCUUAGUUUGUAAAUCUCACCCCGAACAUUAUGCCCAGCACACGGGCUCGCCAUCUUGUCUUGACAGACACACUCCUAUCGAAAUUGGUUUCAACAUAAGCGGCACUUUCAUCCGCACUAUUGAAUUAUGUCGCGACGACAAAACGUAUACGACAUACUACACAAAAUUCAAGAUGUCAAAAAUGAUCGAAAGUUAUCAAAAAAGCUAUCCUAGACCGUCCAGAUUUUUAGCGGGAAGAUUUUAUCCUGGCAUAAAUAUAGACAAUCUGUAUAAGUUCGAAACGCAAUUAAACACACUCGCUAAAAUUCUGAAUUCGACUGAGUUGGCUCAACAACGAUUGAAAAAGUCGGUGCAAUUCCUCUCCCGUGGUCAUAUGGUGGCCAAAACGGAUUUCAUUUACGGCGCUCUGCAACGGACAACUUUUUGGUACUUAAAUACUGCGCCUCAGUGGCAGUCCUUUAACGGUGGUAAUUGGAAUUCACUGGAGAUCAGCAUCAGACGCUUCGCUUCCAGCCGCCGUUUGGAUCUCGACGUUUAUACGGGGGUGCACGGUCAGAUGACCAUGGAGGACAUUCGUGGCAAACAGCAACCCGUAUACUUGCAUGCCGAGGAUGCAAUCGUGCCCGCACCCAAGUUCUAUUGGAAAAUCAUCUAUGAUCCAUUGAGCAAGCGGGGUACGGCGUUUGUAGGCCUCAACGAUCCGUUCAUCAAGUCAAUUACAGACGAUAUAUAUCUCUGUACGGAUAUCAGCGAGAAGAUCAAGUGGCUGGAUUGGAGACCUCGUGAUAUCACGGCCGGCAUCUCUUAUGCCUGCAACGUCGCUGAUCUACAAAAGGCAGUGCUCGUGGUGCCGGUGCUCGAUGUGAUUGGUAUUCUAAUGUGA